AUGUCGAUUGAACCAAGAACGCUUUGCAUCAUGACAUCGAACUACACUAAAGGUGUUAGUUUCAGUCCGGAUGCUGCUUCUAUGGAAGCACUGAAAGCAUCUCUUCAUCUUCCGGAUGAUGUGGACUGGUCUAACCUCGACUGUUGUUCUUGGGAGGGAGUGAAGUACGAUGAGCACAAUAUAGACACAACCUUGCACAUCUCAAACUGUGUGAUUUCAGGAAGAUUACCUCCAGAGAUAAAGAAUUUGCAGUCUUUGACAAAUUUUGAGGUAGUUGAUACUCAGAUAACGAGCAUUGUUCAUGUAUCUUUCACACGGUUGAAGUCUCUGCGUGUGGUCAAUUUGACCAAUAAUCUGCUUCAAGGACCAACACCAGAAUUCAACGCAAGUUUACAAGUUGAUAUGCGUGUUGGGACAAACAGUUUCUGUUUAGCAUCUCCGGGUGUUUUUUGUGACCCAAGAGUUAGCGUUUUGCUUUCAGUGAUAGCAGAUUUUGGCUAUCUAAUCAUCUUUACAAGUGUGUGGAAAGGGAAUGACCCUUGUCUUGCUUUGUGGCUCGGGAUAGAGUGUUCUCCUGACGGUAACAUCAAGGAUGUUGCACUUGUUUCCAUGCACCUAACCGGUUCUAUCUCUCCGAGGUUUGCUGAUAUGACCUCACUUUCUGUGAUUGAUCUUUCAAGAAACCGACUUAGUGUCAGCAUCCCUCUUGAGCUAACCACUUUGAAGAAUCUGAAUAUUCUUAGGGAUUCUACAGAUGGUUUUGGGGAUCACAAUAUAAUUAGGAGAGGCAGUUUUGGAUCUAUCUAUAAAGGUAGACUACCGAAUGGAGUAGAGGUUGCAGUGAAGAGGAUGCAUCAAUCAAUUGUCAGUGGGAAGGGCAUUAAAGAGUUUAGAGAUGAGUUGAGUAGACAUUUGUUUCACUGGAAUGAGGAAGAAUUAGAUCCCCUUGAGUGGAGUAGACGGCUUGCCAUAGCAUUGGACGUGGCUAGAGGAGUCAAGUAUCUGCAUAGAAUGACAAAAAAACGUUUCCACGAAGUCUGA